AUGACUCGCCGCAUGGACCACUUCUUCGUCUCUCGAGCCCCCCAGUCGGUCGUGGUCGCCGCCCCUCCCUCCUCCGCAUCGGCCCCCGCCGCGUCCUCGGCGCCCUCCAGCCCCACGUGCUUCGUGUUCGAGGCGAGGCGCGAGGACCCCACGCCGGUGGAUGACGACGACGAUGACCUGGAGAGCCGCAAGUUCGAGCUCAAGCUGGGCAGCGAGAUGCGCAUCCCCGUGACCAAGACGGCGGACAUGCGCGCCAGCCCCGUCGGCGGCAGCGAGUACGUGUACGAGAAGCAGGACCUCAAGUCGUCGUCGUCGUCGAUGACGACCAACAGGUUCAGGACAGGAGCCAUCGAGGCCAAGAUUAAAACCCUGGCCUCCUAUUUAAAGUCGGUCUCGGCUGGCAUCCGGAGUCGCAGCAUGACCUUCGACCGCGCACGCCUUACGCAGGCGUACUACCGGAGGUCGGUGCCCACGCCGGCCGCCAUGCGCACCAAACUCAACGUCAUCGUGUCUAGGCAUAGCAGCGAGGAACACCAGACCACCCUGUCGUGGGACGACAUCGAUGAGGACGAUUGCAUGAGCUUCGGAGACCUGAACGAGGUGAUGGCCGCCACUCCAACGUCCAGGAAACGUGGCCACCCGAGCGAAAUUUUCUGCGAGGCGGAGAUCCGCCAGAUCUGCAUUCGCUGCGAGGUGCCGGAGCAGUACGUUGAGCAGGUUGUACAGAUUGUCAAGUCGUCGUUCGGCACACCCGAGCUGGAUGUGAUCGCCCUGGAGGAGUUCAUGCCGGGCAACGUCGUCGUGUUCGUGGGCACGCUCAUCUUUGAGAGCAUCGACUGCGGCGAGGAGUACGUGGACCUCAGCGUCCUGCCGUGCUUCCUGCGGCAUAUUCAGGAGCGUUACGACGGCAGCAUGCCGUUUCACAACGCCACCCACGCGGCCGACGUGAUGCACACGCUGUUCAUGAUGCUCUGGAACACGAGUCUGGGCGAGAAGAUCUCCCAGCACAACCAGGUUGGCGCACUGCUGGCCGCGGUGAUGCACGACGUGGAGCACGUCGGCCUGACCAACGACUUUCUGAUCAAGACUAGCCACCCCAUUGCUCAGAAGUACCCCACGAAGGCGCCGAUGGAGUCCAAGCACAUGGACCUCGCUCUGCAGGCGGUCGUGGACCCCAAGUUCGACAUUCUGUCCAAGAUGUCACCGGUCCAACGCGACCAGGUGCUCGAGGUCGUGCGUGAGACCAUCUCGGCGACAGCUCUUAUUUAUCAACCCGAGCUGCUCGCUGAGAUCAACAACACGACGGCCGACGAGUGGAAGAUGCUGCAGGACGAGGCGGUGCUGCCGCAGAGCCUGCAGGUGCGUGCCCUUCGCAUCGCCAUGCACGUGAGCGACAUCAGCCAGACCAUGAAGCCGUUCACGAACCACACGAAGUGGGUCUUCCGCCUCAACGACGAGCACUACAAGCAGGGUGAGCUGGACGAGCGCGAGCAGCGGGGCGUGAGCCCGUCCUUCUGCUUCCGCGACAAGUGGACGUACGCGAGCUUCCUGACGGGCCAGGUGUGCUUCCUCAAGAAGCUGGCGCUCCCGGCCGUGGUCACCCUCAACAGCAUCCCCUGGCUGGAUGUGAACCAGCUCGUGAACGGCAUCGAGAAGAACAUCGCCGAGUGGGAGGAGCAGGAGACUGCUGCCUCCUGCUAG